AUGGCCUUCUUCCCUCCCGAGAUCGAGGACACAGUGAUCGCCAUGACCAACCUAGAGGCGUCCAGGCGCAGGCUUGCUAUAGAUGGAUGGAAAACAAUGGACCGUGCGGAAUUCAGAGCCUACCUCGGGCUGCUGAUACUUGCCGGUGUGUACAGGUCGCGAGGCGAGGCGUGCGAAAGCCUGUGGGACUCAGAGAGCGGAAGGUCCGUGUUCAGAGCCGUUAUGCCGCUCAAGACCUUCCGGGCUUACUCAAGCGCCCUGCGGUUCGACGACCGAGAGACCAGAGAGCCCAGGCGCGUCGACGACCGCGGUCGAUACGAUAAGCUGGCCCCGAUCAGAGCGGUGUGGGACGAGUGGUGUGCGCGCUUGCCUGUCAUGUAUCGCCCGGGACCCGAGGUCACCGUGGACGAGAGACUGGUGCCGUUUAGAGGAAGGUGUCCCUUCAGGCAGUACAUGCCCAGCAAACCGGCCAGGUACGGGAUCAAGAUAUGGGUCUUGUGUGACUCCCGGUCCAGCUACGCGUGGAAAAUGCAGCUGUACGCGGGCAAGGCCGACAAGCUCGGUCCUCCCGAAAAGAACCUGGCCGCGCGAGUGGUCAUGGAUCUCACCGAGGGACUGGCACCCGGACACAACGUCACCUGCGACAACUUCUUCACCUCGCGCGAGCUCGCCGCGAGGCUUUUCCGCGAAAGGGGCCACACGUUACUGGGCACCCUCCGAGCCAACAGGCCCGAGAUCCCCAGAGAGCUGCGCUGCGUCAAGGGCAGACCCGUGGGCUCCGCCGAGAUCGCGGUGCUCCGCGGCGACCCGGACGGACGCUCGCCGCACGCGGUCGUCAUGUCCUACGUGGCGAAGAAGAACAAGAACGUGCUGCUCCUCACCACCUCUCCCCGCUACCUCGCGCCCUCCGGGUCGCUGUUGGAGCCGAGCUGCGACCCCGACGGAGGAGCCCCCGCGAAACCCUUAAUGGUGCUGCAUUACAAUCGCACCAAGGGAGGCGUCGACAACCUAGACAAGGUCGUGGGGACCUACAGCUGCAGGAGAAAGACACUUAGGUGGCCCGUGGCCCUUUUCCACAACAUGGUGGACGUGGCGGCCUACAACGCGUUUGUCGUCUGGAGGGAGACCCGCCCGGACUGGAUGUCGGGCAAACUCAACAAACGUAGGCUGUUCCUCGAGCGUCUGGGCAAAGCGCUGGUUCUACCCACGCUUGAGGCCAGGCGGCGACGAGGAACUCGAGGACCACAAAGAGAAGAACAGGGAGAAGACGCCGCCGUUUCCGAGUCCCGCAGCAGCGACGAGCCACAGGGAACCCCUGUCAAGAGGCAGAGGUGCCGCGUCUGUCCCAGGAGCAAGGACGUCAAGACUAAGAUCGUUUGCUUCGCCUGCCGCGUGCAUGUGUGCUCAAGGUGCGCGCUCACCUACUGCCCCACCUGCGCCGCGGCCCACCGUCCGGUUCAACCAGGAUACCCGGACGACAACCAGCACGAGCGCCCGGGGCCGCGGGGGUCGGAUUAA